AUGUCCGACGUCCCACCAACCGAGUCCAAUCUCAAUCCAGAAGAACCGAAAGCACCAGCCCCUGCACCUCAGUUCCAGCAAUUCCAAUCUCAGUCCAAAUUACUACCAAUUCCAAUACAAAUCGAAGAGAGACCAAGAGUUCGAAGAAGGUCUGAACCGCUUACGCAAAGAGUAUGCUACAGCUCCAACCCUUGGAUGUUCCAGCAAUUCCAAUCUCAAUCCAAAUUACUACCAAUUCCAAUACAAAUCGAAGAGAGACCAAGAGUUCGAAGAAGGUCUGAACCGCUUACGCAAAGAGUAUGCUACAGCUCCAACCCUUGGAUGUUCCAGCAAUUCCAAUCUCAAUCCAAAUUACUACUACUUCCAAUACAAAUCGAAGAAGGUCUGAACCGCUUACGCAAAGAGUAUGCCACAGCUCCAAUUGAGAGAAAGUUGUUGCUAAAUUCAGUAAAAAUAAUGUUUAUGUUAGCAUGUUAG